AUGGAGCGGCUGACCCUGUCCCCCGGGGCCGCCGCCGCCGUGGACGAGUACCUGGAGUACCGAAGAAUUGUUGGUGAGGAUGAUGGAGGGAAACUUUUCACUCCUGAAGAAUAUGAAGAAUACAAAAAUAAAGUUUUACCAGUGCGAUUACGAAACAGAUUAUUUGUGAGCUGGCGAUCGCCCAUGGGCAUGGAUUGUAAGCUUGUUGGCCCAGAAACUCAGUGUUUUUGUACACACAGGUAUAAACAACAUAAAACUGACUUUGAAGUGAUCCCACCAGAACGCCCAACUUCCCUGCCUUGCAAAGUGAGCCAGUGCCCUUGCAGCUCCUUCUACUACGUGCCUUUAAGCGGAAGUCGGCCGGUUCGGUGCAAGUGUAAGCAUUUUGCUGACCAACACAGCGCAGACUCAGACAGGGUUUGCAGGACAUGUAACAAAUGCCCAGGAUUUCAUAGCUACUUUACUUGUAGUUGUGGUCAUCCUGCAUAUACACACGAGACUGUGGUGGAAACUAAGGAAGAGAGGCUCGCCCUGGGAAAGCCCGUGGGAUACGAUGUUCCUUAUGCUGCAAUGGGAGGACUAACAGGAUUUAGUUCACUAGCAGAAGGCUACAUGAGACUAGAUGACAGCGGAAUAGGUGCACCUCCACUUGACAUUUUGGAAUCUCCGACUACUGCUGCAGACCACCCAUUUCUAAGAGCAUUUCAAGAGCCAUCUAGUUCUGUUCAAGGUACAAGUAAUCAAGCAUCUUCCUUAAGGAGACCUAAUGAAGAUGAUAUGGCUUACUUUGAAAGGCGUUACCAGGAAAGGCUGAAAAUGGAAAAGGCUACUAAGAAGAAAGCAGCAGGGGCGUCGCCAUCCACGAUGAAACGUUAAGGAUGGAAGGAACGGAUUGACCACCGUGAUGAACAAAUGUCACUGCAGGUAAUUUGUCUGCAAAAGUGAAUCAUUCACUGCAGCAGGUGGCCAGCCCUGAACACACUCAGCCUCAGCAAUCCAUUUCACCCCCAACAUCUGCUUCCAGACCACCACAGCUGGAUUCCAAGGACUUGUUUCUUGUACAUUUCUAGCCAGUGCCUGGUAGAAGUCCAUCCUCACUGUAUCUAGCUUAUCAACAG